UGGAAGGAUGGAGCUUUUGCUCCUUCACUACCCUUUUACUUUUCUGUUCGUCAUGUUUCUAGUCCUUUACCAGGUGAAUCCUGCAUUCAGAUACUUCUGCAAGAUGACCUUCUACAAGUUGUGGCUCUUCACCCUAAGCAUUCUGGUUAUUAUGUUGAGUAUUCCUCGCGGACGUAACGUGGAAAACAUGAAGUAUUUACGCAUGACAUUGCUGCCUCUCAAAUACAUCUUUGGAAUCAAGAUAGUGGUGAAGGGCAAGGAGAACCUCAGGACUAAGAAACCUUUUGUCCUCGUGUUGAAUCACCAGACCUCCCUUGACAUUAUGGUGAUGAUGGAGAUAUUACCAAGUCGUUGUGUGCCCAUUGCAAAGAAGGAAAUCCUAUAUAUGGGCACUUUUGGCCUAGCGUGCUGGCUCUCAGGACUCAUCUUCAUUGACCGCAAGAAGAGGGAUGAGUCCAUCUCUACCUUGACAGAGGUGGCAUACUCUCUGCACAAAGAAAAUUUCCGCGUCUUGGUCUUCCCUGAAGGAACUCGCAAUCAUGGUGGCUCCAUGUUGCCCUUCAAACGUGGGGCCUUCCAGCUGGCCGUGAAAGCCCAGGUUCCCGUUAUUCCUGUAGUGAUCUCUUCCUACCAGGACUUCUACAACCAGAAGGAGAAGAGAUUUACACCAGGGAAAAGCAUCAUCCAGAUCUUGCCAGAAGUGGAGACCAUUGGCCUGGGCCCAGACGAUGUUCCCAAGCUCACCGAGCAGGUCCGUGACUCCAUGCUCACUGCCUACCAGGGGAUAUCAGGAAUGACGAAUGGGACUUCCCAUUAGCGAUCCUACCUUCCAGCUCCAGCUGUGUGUAGCAGCUGAGGGGGAGGGCACAGCAACCACAAGAAGAUCUGGAAGCAGAGUCAACCAUGUGUUGCAACCUUGACAUACCAGAGACAGG